UUAAAAAAAAUGUGGAACGCGGGAGGGAGUGAGGAGAGCGGCUGGUUGGGCGUGAGGAGGCGGCGAAGAGGAGGAGGAGGACUAUAGCGGAGGAGCCUUGGAGAGCCGCCUCCAUGAGGCUCCGGAAGAAGAGCAAGAGCCCGCCGGCCCUGAGCCAUGAGUUCAUUAUCCAGAACCAUGCGGACGCCGUGUCCUGCCUGGCGAUGGGCCUCCUCUUGGGCCUCAUGUUCGAGGCUACAGCCAAAACUGCCAUCAUCUUUAUUACUGUUCAGUACAAUGUUACAUAUACAACAGAUGACAAGUCUGAGCCAGUUUAUUUCUAUGAGUAUGGUCCAAAAGAUGUGGCAACCAUAUUUUUCUACAUGCUUAUAGCCAUUAUCCUCCAUGCAGUGAUUCAGGAAUACAUUCUAGAUAAAAUUAAUAGACGCCUCCACUUAUCAAAAACAAAGCAUAGCAAAUUCAAUGAAUCCGGACAACUAGCAUUUUUCUACUUGUUUUCAUUUGUCUGGGGAGCUAGUAUUUUGUCUGCAGAAGAAUUCACAACAAACCCAACUUUGUUGUGGAAAGAUUAUCCUCAUCCUCGCAUGUUUUUUCAGGUUAAAUUCUUCUACAUCUGUCAAAUUGCUUAUUGGCUUCAUGCUCUGCCAGAACUCUACUUCCAAAAGAUUAGAAAGGAAGAUAUUCCAAGACAGUUGCACUAUAUCUGCCUUUAUAUUGCUCACUUAUCUGGUGCCUACAUUCUGAACCUUCAUCGCUUGGGUCUUAUUUUGCUGGUACCUCACUAUCUUGUGGAACUUAUCUUUCAUGCUUCACGUCUUUUCUACUUCAGUGAUGAGAAUAAACAGAAAGGGUUUACUCUUUGGGCUCUACAGUUCGUGAUGGCUCGUCUUCUGACCCUAACUUUAUCAGUCCUCACUUUUGGAUUUGGCCUGGCAAGAGCAGAGAAUCCUGGUUUUUCCAUAGCAGAUGGAAACUUCAAUACACUCCCUAUUAGAAUCAGCUGUCUGGCUGCCAUUUGUUUGACCCAAGCAUGGAUGAUGUGGAAAUUCAUCAAUUUCCAGUUAAAGAAAUGGAGAGAACAUGCACAGAACCAAAUUCCCAAGAAAAAAACUAACACAAAGAUUAAACCAACAAAAAAAGAAUCAUGUAAAACUAACUUUGUCAAUGGAGCAGUAAAAUUUGAAGAAGGCACAUCACCUAGAAAAAGAAAAUCAAAAAUUUCGUGAAAAGUAUCAGCCUGGAGGACAGUGGUUUAAAGGAGGACUUUGAUUAAAGGAAAAUAUUCUUUCAGCACUGAGACAAUAAGAGAGACUAUUUCACUGUUCUGACUAAAGGACACUGGUCAAAAUAAUAUAUAUUUUAAUGUAUGUUCAUCAAACAAAAUUUAUUUCAUCAUGAGUUUAUCUUAUUUAACAUUAUGAUGUUCACUGUUUCAACUAUCUCAGUUUUUAUUUCCAUGUUUUGUUGUAUUUGCACUUGCAAGAACAAGGCUGCAAUGUUAGAAGGGGACACAGGCACAGGAAAAUGUACAAAUAACAUAGGUCUUAUUUGGAGGGUUAAAACAUAGCUAAUUUCAAUUUAUAAAAUAGUUUAGAAACAAAUAUUGGGCAUAAUUAGAGUUUGUUUUUUAUUGUAGAAUUUCAUAAAUUAUUAUUUUCUCUGAAAUGUUGCUUCAGAAGCUAUUAAAUUGUUUUUCUAUUUGAAAAGUUCAUUAGGUUCUGAUUAAUGUUUAAGGAAUGAUCAUUUGGAAAGCAGCCAAUUCAAUACAAGCCACCAUAUAUGCUUUCAAGGCGUGACUGCCAAGUACUUAUUUAAGGCCAAAUUUGGUAAUUGAUCUUAUCUUCUAAGAUGAGACUCCAAAUACUUAGUUUUGUAUAAAUGACUUCUGUAUGCUUGUAAGAGAACUUUGGAUAUUAGAUGGUUUUUUAGGUGGUGCUAGAACUUUGGUUUUCUUCUGAUUUAACACAUCCAUGAAACUUAAUACUGAAUCAUAUCUCUAAAUGGAUGUUUAAUAUUCAGAACUGUACAUAAAUUCAGAAUGUCUAUUCAGAUAUGUAAAUCAAUGUCUGGCAUUAUGUAAAGUAGCAAAAACGAUAUCAUCAUAUUAAGAGUGGGCUCCUGUAGUUCCAGCCCAUUUUUUGGUUUCUCGGUUGUUCCAGAAGCAGUUGAUUCCAAAUCAGAACCUUUCGUUUUCAUGUGUGCCUACUGUAAUACAUGGUUGAGAUGCAUAACCUUAAAAACAACUCAAUUCUUGUUUGCUAAAAUAAUUAAUUUUAAGAUUGAGAAAUAUGAUUGACACUUCAAGGCAUACAAUCUUGAAGUGGAAUCCAAAGAAUUAGCUUUGCAAGUGGCUUGCAGUAGCACUAAGAUUUUUUAAAAACCUUUAAAUAGCUAUUUUCCAUGCCAUGUCAUAUUUUAGUUAAAAUUUGUCAAUGUUGAUAAUCAGUUUGCUAUAGCAUUGCAGGAGGCAGUGUUCAUUUUAAAAUUAGUAUAAAGAACCAGUAGAUUUCCAGAUCCAAUAAUAGGUUAUUAUUUGCAAGCUUCCCUUCCCUUUUGCUAUCUCGUAUUACCUCCUAGAAAAUGAAAGGAAGGGGACUUUCCUGUAAAUAUCUAGAACAAAUUGAAGCUGGGCACAAUUCCGAACAUGCAUUCUAAGCCCAGUGGGUCUACUUUAGUGUUAGCAGUUUGGCAAAAGACCUUUGUUACACCUACUUUCACUAAUUUCUUGCGCCACAUUAGUAGCUUAGCCAAAGUUGUAUAGGUUUUAUUUUAGCUUUUUCCUGCCCUUCGUUUUGGUUGUCUAAAAUGGAAAAGCAGUUGUAGCCCUCAUCAACGUUUUGAACUACAUCUCCAGUAAUCUGCUACCAUUGGCUGCAUAUGAUGAUAGGGCUGGUGGCAGUGAUGAAAUGAUGCUAGGAAAGACGCACUUUGUACAUUCCUAUCUAAAAGCUUUAACAUUUAUUAUUGCCUUUAAGAGGCCAUGUUGUAGAAUGAUUCUUAAAAAGCUAGCCCGAGACAUGACAGAGUGCCAGACCAUAUACUACUGAAGCAGUCAUCUAUUCUAAAUGUACUAGUUUAUAUCCUUAUAGCUUGAUGUGGACCCCCAAAGCACAAGAGCCAAUGGACUCUCCAGAUAUUGACCUCCAGUUCCCAUAAGGCUUAAAAGUCGUGCUGAGGUAUGAUGGGAGUAGUAGUUCAUCAACUCCUGGAAAGCUACAAGUUAACCGUUGUUACCUUACUCAGUUAUUUGUGAAUGGGCCUCUCCUAGCAUUACAUUCAGCAUGAAAGCUUUUCUCUUUGAAGCAAUGGUUUAUACCAAGAAGACUAGGGAUAAAUGCAUGGUUUAUAUUCAUACAGAUCUUUCAUUAGGGAAGAGGUCAACAGUCAAGUUGCUAAAGAUGGGAAGCGCGUCAUUGUUUUGCAUGCAACCAAUUACCUAUAUGUCAGCUCUUGAAGUGAAGAUGGAACAUGUCUCGUUAAAUGCAUUUUUAAUUUCCAUGCAAAUUGGUUCAAAAUCAGCAGUGUUUGCCACUUCUUAAUAUCAGGAUAGGUAUGUUGGCAAAUAGCUGGAUUAUAGUUUCCUCAGAAAUUAAGAUUAUCUGCCUUUCAAUCCUGUGGUGAAAUUACACCUUAACUCAUGACCAUAUUCCUGUGAGAAACAUGUUUUGAAUCCUUAUUUCUUACUGGCUUUCAAUAAAUGGUUCAAUCACAUGUAUUUCUAUAUCUCUACACAAAUGACUUUUUUUUAUAUACAGUCAUGAGACCUUUUGUAUGAUGUUACUUGACAUUGUCAUGUAUCUGCGAAAUACUAUUCAGGAUUUGAGCCCGUUUUUCUCAUGUGCCUACCUGUUCUAUGUGCGAACUAACUAUAGGAUUUUGUUUGUGAGUUCUCGUUAUCCUGUAUAUUUCUAUUCAGAAUGUUUUUCCAUGAAAUUAGAAUAUAUUUUUUUAUGAUUUCAAUAAAAAUUUCUUUGUGUAA